AGAAAGAAGAUCGUAGAGAGAGAGAGACACACACACACACACACACAUAAUUUCUCAAGCACUUUGAAAUGGCUUCAAGACCCAUUGUUCCACAACAACCCCGAGGAGAGGCAGGAGUUGGAGGGGCUAAGCAACAACCGAAGAAGAAUGUUGCAGGCGAAGCAAGAAACCGUAGAGCACUUGGAGAUAUUGGGAAUUUGGCAACAGUUAGAGGAAUUGAGGGCAAGCCUAAUCGUCCAAUCACAAGGAGUUUCUGUGCCCAAUUACUUGCAAAUGCACAAGCUGCAGCAGCUGCUGGAAACAACAAGAAACAAGUUUGUGUAAAUGUGGAUGCGGGUAAAAAAGCCGGUGGGGCACCUAAGCCGCCUCAAAAGAAAGCCACCGUUAAACCAAAGCCAGUGGAAGUGAUUGAUGUAAGCCCGGAUACACAGGAGGAUGAUGCUAAGCCUAAGCAAGAGAAUAAUCCUAUCAUCAAGAAAAAGGAUGGAGAAGCAAGAUCUGGAAAGAAAGCACAUGCUUUUUCUUCAGUCCUCACUGCCCGCAGUAAGGCUGCUUGUGGUCUGACUAACAAACCGAAGGAGAAGAUUAUUGAUAUUGAUGCAGAAGAUGUUGGUAAUGACUUGGCUGCUGUGGAAUACAUUGAGGACAUUUACAAGUUCUAUAAACUAGUUGAGAAUGAGAAUCGCCCUCAUGACUAUAUCGACUCGCAGCCUGAGAUUAAUGAAAGUAUGAGAGCAAUAUUGGUGGAUUGGCUGAUAGAUGUGCAUAGAAAGUUUGAACUUUCGCCAGAAACUCUUUAUCUGACCAUCAAUAUAGUUGACCGUUUCCUCGCAAUUAAGAUUGUGUCAAGGAGGGAAUUGCAGUUGGUGGGCAUCAGUGCCAUGCUCAUGGCCUCUAAGUAUGAAGAAAUCUGGCCCCCUGAGGUCAAUGACUUUGUACACCUUUCAGAUAGAGCUUACACUCAUGAACAGGUUCUGACUAUGGAGAAAACUAUUCUUGGCAAGCUAGAAUGGACCUUGACUGUGCCUACACCAUAUGUUUUCCUUGCCCGUUUCAUCAAGGCAUCCAUUCCUGAUAAAGAAUUGGAAAGCAUGGUCUAUUUUCUUGCUGAGUUGGGUAUCAUGCAUUAUACCAUAAUGUAUUGCCCCUCGAUGAUUGCUGCCUCGGCAGUCUAUGCGGCUCGUUGCACUCUAAAGAAGACUCCUUGGAACGAGACCCUUAAACUUUACACUGGCUUCUCUGAACCACAAUUGAUGGAUUGUGCUAAACAACUAGUGAGCUUCCAUGCGAUGGCUGGGAAAAGCAAGCUUCAAGCUGUGUAUAGGAAGUACUCAAAUCCGGAAAGAGGAGCUGUUUCGUUGCUUCCACCUGCUGCUCUUUUGCUGUAAACAGAACAUUGUUUCAUCAAUCACAUUGCUUUAUGUGAGAUGUCGCACCAUUCACUUUGCAAAAUUGUAUUGGAUUCUUAGAUUCUCUCAUUGUAAAGGCCCAAAGAAAGAUUCAUUCGUUUAUGACUUUCAAGUUACUAGAGUUUAUUGAUUGUUAGCUGAACUGGAUAAUUGGAAAUGAAAGAAACAAAAUUGUUUUCCUCUAAAA